AUGACCGACCUUGAAGAAUAUCGACAAAUGAUUCUUAAGUUUCGCGUGAAAGAAGAACUCAGAGUCCUUCUUGGCUUCGCCGGUAGGAAUAAGUAUGGAAAGAAAAAAGAGCUCCAGCUGCGAGCCUUUGAGUUGCUGCGCGACCCCUCGAUGUCGAUCUUGACGAAGAUAAAAGAUCUGCACUUUUGUAGAUUCCCGUCCUCUGCAGUGGGUGCCAGCUCGCCUGCAACGGUUGACGCGACCGACUCACGGCCAUGCGGUGCCACACCUGGCAGUGGCUUGAAGGACCCUGCCUCGCACUCGCCCCCAAGUGCGGCUACACGGGCAAGCAGCCCGAUGACUGGCCACCACGGGGCAGUAGAUGAGGCGGGACCACCAGCCUUACACUCAGGAGACUACUCGUCCAAGAUGCACUGCGUGGCUCCACCUCCGCUGCCACUCAUGGGCCCUGGUGGCGCGGCUGGAUGUCCUGGCAAACAGUCCUAUUCAGUCCAUCCAGAUGUGCGUUUCAAGAGGCUGCCAUUCUAUGACAUCCUGGCUGAACUCCACCCACCUGCAAGUCUGUCGCCUAAAAUCAAGGCAGGGUUUCAGGAGAACAGCUUUGUGUUCCGCUUCACACCACAGCAAGUGCAUGACAUAGUCUCUUCAAGAGAGAACUUGGGAACAGAGACAAAAUUCACUGUUCAAGUACAGCUCAGAUUCUGUCUGCUGGAAACAGGCUGUGAGCAGGAUGACAACUAUCCUCCCGAGAUGAUUGUCCGGGUCAACUCUAAUGUGUGUCCACUGCCAAACCUGAUCCCCACCAACAAGCCUGGCCUGGAGCCCAAGCGACCAAGCCGUCCGAUCAACAUUGUCUCCAUGUGCCGCCUCUCCUCUACAGAGUCCAACUACCUAUCAGUGACCUGGCUCUCCAAGGGUGGCCAGACUUAUGCCUUGGGUGUGUACCUCGUGCGAAGGUUGACGGCAACAACUCUCCUCCAGCGGCUAAAUUCAAGAGGCCUAAUGGAUCUCUACCACACGCGAGCAAUGAUCAAAGAAAAGCUACAACAUGACCCUGACUCGGAGAUCGCAAUGACGAGUCUGCGUGGGUCCCUAAUCUGUCCGCUAGGCAAGAUGCGAAUGCGCUUUCCGUGCCGAGCGCUAACGUGUCCACACCUCCAGUGCUUUGAUGCUUCGCUGUACUUGCAAAUGAAUGAAAAGAAGCCCACAUGGAUCUGCCCAGUCUGUGGCCGGCCGGCCCCCUUCUCAUCACUGGUAUUAGACGGGCUGUUCACGGAAAUUUCUGUGAAGGCACCCCACGACUGUAUUGAGGUUCAAUUCCAUGAAGAUGGCUCUUGGGCUCCUUUAGUGCCAAAGAACAAGACCAGCAUAACUAACAGUCCCAGUUCUUCUGCAACAGCAUCUACCUCCAGAAGUACAGCUCCUGCAACAUCAUUGUUGAAGGAGCCACCUGGGCAGCCCGUCAAGAAGCCUCGUUUAGUGGUCAUAGACCUGACAGCGUCUAGCAGCGACGAGGAUGAUGAUGGCGGCCGAAGUGCAGUGCCCACACCUGGUUCCCACUUGGGUGCACCACCACCGCUAGUCUCUGGCAUCCCCUCAGGGUCACACUCUCGGCGAGGCCCUCCAUCAACUCCAGUUGGUGGUGCCCUGUUCCCCAGGCUGCAGUUUCACCCGCGUUUUCACCAUUUCUUUCAUAAAUAAAUGACAAGCCCAGUAGGCUGAUAC